CAGAGCACAGCAUAGCGAAAGCCUCACAAAAAGUAGGGUAAAACAAAAAGUUAGCGAUGUUUGGACACGCGAAAAUUAAACUCAGUCCUUCUCUCUCUCCUUCUCCCCAAGUUGCCUGGAAGCUCAGGGGUUGACGGCACACGCUGUAGGAGAAGAAGCCGGCCGCCUCCCUUUACUUUCUCUCUCCAAAACCCCUCUUUCUCUCUCUCUCUGAUUAUCAUAGACCCAUAAGCCGUUUUAGGUAAAGAGAGGUGUGUAGCCUUUAAUAGGAAAUCUCAGGGCUGUAGCAUUUUCUUCUUACUCGUUGUAGCUUAGAGAGACCACACAAGAAGAUGUUGCCAAAAUCAGAUUAUGUUACGAACAAAGCACCUCGGGACCCUUUCCCAAUCUGCUAGGUCUUUCUUCUUCAGUGGGUCCCGAUGCAAUGCAGCAGAUGGAAGUAGUUCAUGCACUUGUACUGAAGACGAAACUUGUGUUUCAAGAAAGCAGAAUCCUAGAAAUGAAGUGCAACAUGGACCAGCACCGCCCACCUUAGCAUCCAAAACUUCGGCAAGAGCUGGCUCUUUGAUCUCUGGAGAUGCUGUUAAAGUGGUGAAUUCUCAUAAACCCGGGAGUGUCAAACACCCCGCUUCUCUACCACAAGUCAUAUCUGCCACCAGUUCUUUGGGGAGAUCGGAUUGUGUCAGUUAUGCUAGUAGCAUCGAUACCGUUCAAAAUGGCUCGGUUCAUUCAUCAUCACCUCCGAUUUCAGACCAAUUUGUUAAGGUAGGCAUUGCGGCAGUAAGUUUUUUGUCGGAUUUAGUUAAUUACAAAAUUCCUACUUCCGAUGGGAGCGGAAUGCUUAGUUCAUCCAAGAAUUCAAUGGUCGAUAGUACAAGACCCGUUUCAAACAUCAAAUCUGCGAAUGUGAAAACAUACAAAAAGGACAAAGUCCAUGGAAAACCAUCUGCUCAGUCUGCACCUGGUUCAAACCCAACAAUAGUUAACUCUCAUGGUGCAAAGGGUAGAGGUGAAAAACCUGGUUCAGCUACAGGUUCCAAUACCGUUCCAAACAAUGGACCCAGGAAUUCAGUAGAAACCCAUGGUGUAUCUUCGGAUUCCCGUGAUAGUAGAAGGGUUUUGCCUCAGAGAUCAAAUGGCCAUUCAAUCCGUGCCUUGUCGACUGCACAAACUUCUGAAGGAAAGUUUAGGGGGGAAACUGCAAAAAUACCUACCGGAGUUGCUCCAAUGGCUAGACAGUUUUCAAGCACCGGGCAUGUGGUGGAAACGGUUUCUCGGAUUUUGAGACAGUUGAAAUGGGGCCCAGCAACUGAAGAGGCUCUGAGAAAGCUCAACUGUUCAAUGGACGUGUAUCAAGCAAACCAAGUCCUUAAGCAGCUUCAAGAUUAUUCGAUUGCUCUUGGGUUUUUCUAUUGGUUGAAACGACGAACCGGGUUCAAGCAUGAUGGGCAUACUUACACCACCAUGAUCGGCAUCCUUGGCCGUGCUCGCCAAUUCGGCACAAUAAACAAGUUGCUUGACCAGAUGAUUCGUGAUGGUUGUCAACCCAAUGUCGUGACGUAUAACCGUCUCAUUCACAGUUACGGACGCGCGAACUAUUUGAACGAAGCGGUCAAUGUUUUCAAGCAAAUGCAAGAAUUGGGGUGUGAACCUGACCGUGUCACCUAUUGUACGCUCAUCGACAUCCAUGCAAAAGCUGGGUAUCUUGAUUUUGCUAUGUAUAUGUAUCAGAGGAUGCAAGAGGCCGGUCUCUCUCCCGACACGUUCACUUAUAGCGUCAUCAUCAAUUGUCUUGGCAAAGCUGGCCAUUUGAAUGCUGCCCAGAAACUUUUCUCUGAAAUGGUAAAUCAGGGCUGUGAACCAAACUUAGUGACGUAUAAUAUCAUGAUUGCUUUGCACGCGAAAGCGAGAAACUAUUCGAAUGCGUUAGAGCUUUAUCAUCAGAUGCAGAAUGCGGGAUUUGAACCUGACAACGUGACUUACAGCAUAGUAAUGGAGGUGCUCGGUCAUUGCGGGUAUCUCGAAGAGGCCGAAGCGGUUUAUGCGGAGAUGAAGCAAAAAAACUGGGUACCCGAUGAACCGGUUUAUGGUCUCCUGGUCGAUCUUUGGGGCAAAGCCGGGAAUGCCCAAAAGGCUUGGGGUUGGUACCAAGCGAUGCUCGAUGCGGGUUUGUGCCCCAACAUUCCAACCUGUAAUUCCCUUCUCAGCGCUUUUCUUCGGGUCCAUCAGCUAUCUGACGCAUACAAUUUGCUGCAGAGUAUGCUUAGUUUGGGCCUAAACCCGUCUCUUCAGACCUACACUUUACUUCUCAGUUGCUGUACAGAGGCUCAAACGUCUUUCGACAUGGGUUUUUGCUGCGAGCUCAUGGCCACAACAGGGCACCCAGCCCACACAUUUCUACUGUCAAUGCCAUCGUCUGGACCAGAUGGGCAGAACGUGCGUGAUCACGUGAGUACUUUCUUGGACCUAAUGCACAGCGAAGAUAGAGAAAGCAAGAGAGGACUCGUCGAUGCAGUGGUUGAUUUUCUCCACAAGACCGGGCUCAAGGAGGAGGCAGGGUCUGUUUGGGAGGUUGCUGCGGAAAAGAAUGUGUACCCAGAUGCAGUGAAGUGUAAAAGCUCAUGUUACUGGCUCAUAAACCUCCACGUCAUGUCAGAUGGAACUGCUGUGACCGCGCUUUCAAGGACGCUUGCUUGGUUCCGGAGACAGAUGCUUGUGUCGGGGACUUGUCCAAGCCGGAUUGAUAUUGUGACGGGAUGGGGCCGGCGGAGCAGGGUGACGGGUGCAUCGUUGGUGAGGGAGGCGGUGGAGAAUCUGCUGCAUAGUUUCAGCUUUCCAUUCUUCACUGAGAACAACAAUACCGGUUGUUUCGUGGGCUAUGGAGAGCCUCUUAGUAGGUGGUUGAUUCAAUCUUAUGUUGAUAGAAUGCAUUUACUGUAAGUUCUUGAUUUCCUUGGACAAGGGUUUUGUAUGGUGUAGAGAGCAGUUUUGUAGUGCGAAAUGAACUCAGCUUUUAUGCAUUAGGUUGUAAUUUAUUUAUGGCAGCUAUGCUAAAUUCAAUCAAUCUGUUUUCAUGUCUUUUGGAGGGCA